UAUGUAAUACUGAAGUUAAUUGUUAAUUCUUUUUUCCAGGCCCGGUCCUUCUCCACUACUGCUGUGACCAAGCAGCUAGUGCAGCCACCAGUUCAGGUCUUUGGUCUUGAAGGUCGAUAUGCUACAGCACUCUACUCUGCUGCCAAGAAGAAGAAUUCUCUUGAUGCUGUCGACAAAGAUUUCAAGGAACUUUCAGCCCUCUUGAAGACAGAUGGCCAGCUGAAGGAAUUUUUGUUAAAUCCACUCCUCAGCAAAGAUUUGAAAAAGCAGGCCGUUGAAUCAGUUCUUGCCAAGAAGAAGGCCAGUCCACUUACAGUCAACCUUUUCGGUGCUCUUGCGGAGAAUGGACGUCUAACAAAUGUUGAAGGUAUCAUCAGUGCUUUUGGCAUUAUUAUGGCAGCAGUUCGAGGUGAAGUCAUUUGUGAAGUAACAACAGCUAAGCCCCUUGAUGCAGCCAUGCUUAAGGAAUUGGAGGCCUCUCUCAAAGCUUUCCUGAAGAAGGGAGAGUCCUUGCAACUCACACAGAAAGUGGACCCCACUAUUCUUGGGGGUAUGGUUGUGUCCAUUGGUGAUAAGUAUAUCGACAUGUCAAUGGCCUCCAAGAUCAAGAAGUACACUGGUCUGCUUCAAGAAGCAGUUUAAAUGAUACACAGAUGAUGUAUAGUAAUUUAUAUGUAAGCAAGUCUUCACCUUAUCCACGUAAUAUGUGGUAAUUUUUUUUUAUUGGUUUGCAUUCCAAGUAACCGUAGUAAGGUUUAAGGAUGUAGCCAGCGAAUUACGGUACUUUUGGUUCUUACCAUUCAUUUCAAUGGAGUUGUACAAAAGAGAUAAUUGUGUAAAAUAAAAUGUUUAUAUAGA